UUCACCCAAGUUGCCCGAGCUUUACGAUAGAGCAAACACCGUGGCAAGAGAAGACUUCUACAAUGGAAACGGGGCAAACAAGCAGCGUCAUCCCGUCCUACCUCGGAUGGUCUAUUUUCAACACCCUAUGUUGCUGUUUGCCUUUAGGGAUUGCAGCAAUCGUUUGCUCCUGCAGGGCACAGAAUGCAAAUGCUGCGGGGGACCAAGUUAACGCUAAAGACGCAUCCAGGACAGCAAAAAUCCUGAACGUGGUUGGCCUUGUGUGCGGAAUCAUCCUCUUGAUCAUCUUCAUUGCACUUAAAGCCAGCGGCGCGGCCUAUUGAAGGCUGGGCCUAAGGAAUGUGGCGAUUUUCUUUUUUUUAUGCAGCCACGCCCACUUUAUAUCUGUCUAAUCCCA